GCUCAGUGGCCGCAGCGCGAACUGACAGCUCUGAAACAUGUGUGCUAAUGCUAACCUCUGCUAACCAGCUGCAGAGUCUCCUCACAACAAAAAUGGCCACUGUUUCAGUUCCUGCUUGUACCAGUGCACUCUUGCUGGAUAUCGAAGGAACAACAACACCUAUUACAUUUGUAAAGGAUAUCUUAUUUCCGUACAUCAGGGAGCAUCUGGAGGAGUACUUGUCUAAUCACUGGGAGGAGGACGAGUGCAAACAAGAUGUUCAUCUGCUAAAGAAACAGAUAGAAGAGGACAUGAGACAGAACCGGUCAUGCCCCGUCCACUUUGUGGACCAGACGGUCCACACAGACGAGGAGAAGGCCAUUAGGGAAGUAAUGGAUAAUGUGCUGUGGCAGAUGGCAGCAGACAGGAAGUCGACAGCACUCAAACAGCUCCAGGGUCACAUGUGGAGGGCGGCGUAUUCUUCUGGGAGAAUCAAAGGCGAGCUCUACCAGGAUGUAACUCCAUCCAUCAGACGGUGGAGAGGUCACGGACUAAAAGUGUUCAUUUACUCGUCUGGAAGCGUGGAGGCUCAGAAACUUCUGUUUGGAUACUCUGUCGAAGGAGAUGUUUUAGAUUUAUUAGAUGGUCACUUUGACACCAGUAUAGGAGCUAAAGUGGAAUGCAAAAGCUACGAGAGAAUCGCUGAGAGGAUCGGCUGUCAACCCGAGGAAAUCACAUUCUUGACCGACGUCACUCGAGAGGCUAAAGCAGCGGAGGAAGCCGGCAUGAACGUGGUGGUGGUGGUCCGGUCCGGAAACAUGGAUCUGACGGAUGACGAGAGGGCCCACUAUAACCUGGUCACGUCCUUUAGCAUGCUGGAACUGACGGGUCGUGUUUAACACGGAGGAAGACGGGGAGAACUUCUCUGACUUCAUCUCACAAACGACCCGCUCCUUCUCCUCUUUGCCCUCCUCCCCCCCCC